AUGACGGAACCCAUCUCCAUCACCGCAGACAUCAAGCAUGAGGUUGAGCCAUCUACUGAAAUCAACAAAAGCGUGAAUGGCUCGCCCCCUGCUGCUCCCGAGGCAGCGGUCAAGGAUCCUGCUGUCUCUCCCGUUCCGGCGGAGACGCUGCCCAAGACCGGAACAGCAUGCAAGAAGCAUACGGAUAAGGCGGAGAGGAAAAAGAAAAAGAAAAAUAUUAAAAAGGACGACUCAUCGGACUCAGAAUCUUCUACAGCAUCUCCUACUGACUCUGAUUCCGAUACCUCAGUCACGGACUCGAUCGCUAGUGACUCGGAGCCGGACCGGCGCAAGAAAAAUCGGCUGCGUGCAAAGGUUCAGGCCAAGCGAUCUCUGAAGGAUAAGAAAAAGCGCAAAAAGCGCAAGCAGCGGGGUCGCAAGACCGCUUCGGAGGCUUUUUCAGAUACCUCCAGCGAUUCGGACACCGAGGCAGACGGCUAUGAAUCGGAUUCCUCAUUGGAUGAAAAGCUUCUGCGGAAGCUGGUUGCUAAGCUCACCGUGAAGAAGCGCAAGCGCCUGCGUGAUCAAACAAGUGAUGAUGCGGGGUCAAUCGAUUCUAUCUCUGAAACUCGGCGGGAAAAGCGGACCAAGAAGAGAAAGCCAGCCUCCAAGGUCGCCUUCAAGCGUGUAGAUCAAUUGUGGGACAGCACGAUUCACAAGUACAAGCUUACCGAGACGGUGGAUGAUCCUGGUGCGGACGAGUGGGAUCAGUACAUUUUCACGGUGCGCCGCAAGUUCAAUUGGGAGAACAAGUUUCUGGAGACGGUGGUGGACAUCAAAAGCAAGCCCCUCCGCGAAUCCCUGGCAAAGGUGAUGGAUGGCGUCAAGGGCGUCAGUCUCGUGCAGGAGCCCGCAGUUGUUGACCCGAACAUGCUGUUCCUGUACCUGGAGGAGGCACGACAGUACAUGAAGGAACUCAAGCAGCAAUCGCGCGACGACAAGAAGCGCAAGGCUCGCAAAGCAGCCGCUACCAAAGCUGCCCAUCUCAAAGUGCUGAUCAAAUACCUCGACACGGACUAUGCGACCAUUAAAAAGACCCUUUAUCCACUUUUGGAGGCCAAUACUAUCACGUUCGAACUUCUGUGGGCCCUUUUCAAGCCCAACACCAUCGCAUACACUCCAACGUACGGAAACACCGAUGAGCCCCGAGCUUUCAAAAUCGAGUAUGCCAUCAAGGAAUCUUCCUUCAUGAAAGGACAAUGGUACAGCAUCGAAGGCCGCUACCUGGAGUAUGAUGGAAAAGACUUUGGAUUUGGAAGCAUGGCUGCCGAGGUAGAAUCCUUCCAGGGAGCACGUAAGAUCACCAGUCUCGCCUGCUUCCCACUGCAAUACCACCGUGAUGCCGAGGGACUGCGAACCCGUCUCGUCGAGCGUGGCAAACGCUUCGUGGCGCUUCGUGGCAUGAACUACCGCUUCCACAAAGGAAUGGCAUUCUACAAGAAAAAGCGCUCUGUCGGCAAAGUCAACAUCGAAAGCCGAGUGAUGAUUGAUCCGGCCAUCCACCGCCGCAUCAACCCCAAUUACCCCAUCAGUACAGUCCGUCCUAAAGAUCCGGAUCUUAUCGAUGCUUCCGAUGCUGGAAUCAGUGACCUGGACGACAGCGAUAGUGAAGGCUGUUGCUGCGGGGGCUCUGACUCCGAAGACGACCACGGUGGCCAGUCGGAUACCCCGCGAACCGUGUACAAGGUGAUCGAGGGUGAAGAUGGGAACCCUCGCGUCGUGCAGGUAGAGGUUGAUGAGAACGGACUGGAGAUUCAGAAGGAGAACAUCGAUCGCAUUGAAGGCACUGCAGGUGUCAUCGGCCGCGAGUUCACCGAGGAGGAACUCCUUAUCGCCAGCCCUGUCGUCCUGGGCUUCGCUUUCAGCGAGAAGAUGUGGCUCGAGUUUACCAUUUCGGGCAUCAGCGACAUCGACUGGGACAAAGAGGCUUUUGACUCGCUCGUUCUCCCAGCAAACCAAAAGUCCAUUGUCAAGGCCCUCGUCGAGUCACAUACCUUCCACGCAGCUCAGAACAUUGACGACGUAAUUCAAGGCAAGGGCAAGGGUCUAGUUGCCGUUCUUCACGGCCCACCCGGCACAGGAAAGACCCUAACGGCUGAAGGAAUCGCCGAGCUACUCCGCCGUCCUUUGUACAUGGUCAGCGCAGGCGAACUGGGAACCGACUCCCGCUCCCUGGAAGCAGAGCUGAACAAGAUCCUCGAUAUUGCUCACUCAUGGGGUGCAGUUCUCCUUCUCGACGAAGCAGACAUCUUCCUUGAGAAGCGUACCAUCCACGAUAUCCAUCGGAACGCCCUGGUCAGCAUCUUCCUCCGUCUGCUGGAAUACUUCCAGGGUAUCCUCUUCCUGACCACAAAUCGGGUCGAGACCUUCGACGAUGCCUUCCAGUCGCGUAUUCACGUCGCCUUGCGAUAUGGUGAUCUCGCCUCCAAGGCAAAGCGCAGUAUCUGGAAGAUGUUUCUGGAACGAGUACGCGCUAUCGAGGGUGUUCAAACUGCCGAGUUCUCGGAGAGUGAUUAUGAUGUGCUUUCACGGCACACGCUCAAUGGUCGACAGAUCAAGAACUCGGUUCGCACUGCUCAAGCACUGGCCGUCAACGAAAAGACCCCUUUGUCUAUGGACCAUAUCAAGCGCGUUCUGGACGUGGCCGAGACCUUCGAUCAGGAUCUUCGUGGUGGAACCGGUUACCUGGAUGCCAUGCGCAGUUACACUUAG